AUGACCCCUACCCUGCUUACGCUCAACUACGACGUUCUCUCGGACAUCCUGGGGCGCAUCUCGCCACGCGAUGCUGCACAGCUGGCUCUGACAUGUCGCCAUGCGUAUACCCUGGCCUUCCCCCGCUUCCUCUCCGACGUAUCGUUCGGCGGCCUCUAUCACAAGACUAGUAGCAGCGCCGUCUCCCAGUUGAAGGACUUCUGCAACUUUGUCCUCGCCCCCGCGCCCAGCUGGCACGGUCCUCCUUCAGCGCGUCUCGACGCCCUCCGCUCCCUGGAGGUGAUGCGUGACGCCGUGCGCGUCAGGCAGGAUGGCAACUUGCGCAAGCUGACGCUCUGGGGCUCCGAGGCGCUCUUCAACGCGUACCCCGACUUCGGCCUGAGCAGCAGCGCGUCCAUCCACACCCUCGUCCUCGGCGGCGACGUCGCGCCCCUCCCCGCCCUCGCCCACGCCUUCCCGACUGUCCGCCAACUCAUCUUCGUCGGCGGGGGCGUCUGCAUCCCGGAGUGGGCGUUCGAGUCGCAGCCCGUGGACACCGACGUUCUCGGCGCGUGGCGCGGCUCUGUCGAGCGUGUCGAUACCGGGUUCCCUAUCCUCCCCCUCGCCGUCCCCGCGCGUCGCGUCGACAUUCGCAAUCCUAUUGUGUCAGACGUCGACGCUGUCCAGUGCGCGCGCGAGUUCCUGGGAAGGACGCGCCCGGUCGUCCUGUCUACCGUCAUGAGCGCGUAUGCUGCAGCCGAGGAGGUCGGGACCGUGCUGGGGCUGGCUGCGUCCAGCCUGCGGUACCUCGACCUAGUCGGUGACAGGUGCGAGAGCGUCAAGGAUGGCACGGAGUGGGUCCAGGUAUGUCUCCAUUGCUGUCUAGCCUAUGUGAAUCUCCGCUAA